UGGGCGCGUCGUGUAAAAUUACCCGCGCCGACUGUGAUCCCUCGUCCUUCUAACAUGAAUGUAUGGUCCGGCACAAUAUCGCUGGAUGGAGGCACACAACUCCAAGGCCUACAAUUAAUUGACCGGUCGUCAAACUGGCAAUCCGACAUUGGCAGAGACUCCACGCUCAGUCUUCGCUGUUUCGUUAACCCGUCCCUCAUACCACUCUAUGCGCGAUGUGGUCCCAACCUCGAACUCCACACAAAUAGCCUGCAGACCUCGCAAUGGCUGAAGGACAAGCUGACGGGCACUAUCUGGUUGGAAGAUGAUGAUUUGGAUCGGAUCCAGACCCUACAAUGCCCAAUUGGGCUGCUCGUGGGGAUUGACAAUGAUGGGCGGACAAAGCCCUCUGAAACCAACACGACCGAUCUCCUGAUACAUGGGAUGUUGUCCAUGACGACUUCCUAUGAACGACCGCCCACCCCGCCUGUCUCUUCACCGGAGCUAGACCACCAGCCGUCCCAUGUUGUUAGGCAAGAACUGAGAAUAUACGCCACUCCGAUCUCUGCACAUCUCAUUGCCAAAACUCAGUCUCUCCCAUCUCCACAAGAUACCGAUGGCCACGGCCGAUCCCCUCAGUUCCUUCCGGACAUUCGCUCGCCCAGCCCCAAGCGCAGACGUGUAGCAACGCUCUUUGAAUCAGUGGCGCAGCAUCAUAAAAGGGUACGGCAGAAGGGAGGUGAGGCUGUAUCGCAAUUAAUGGCGCGAUCACUUUCCCAGUCGUCCCAGCAAUUGCAAGGUCUUCGGGUCAAACGAGAGUCAGAGGAGCCUUCUCUUCCUCAGUUGGACCGGAUCGCCUUACAACGGUCCCGGUCUGUAUCUAUCGGGGCGAAUCUCAACUCCAAACUUCUGGAAGCUCGGUCGGAGCAGUCACGGCCUAGCAGCAGACGGGGCUACGUGCGCGAACUGAACUCACGGCGAGGCACGCCAAACUUCUUUGUGGAGUCAUCAUUACGAAAGGAAAGAGAACUGUCCCCGGAAUUGCCAUCUGAAGGGAAACUUGAGUCUCCAGCUGCGCCCAAGGAUGCAGAAACCAUCAUUUCCGAGAACAAAAACACGAUAACACGGACGAUCCUGACCUGCAUGCGGCUUUAUGGCUUCAACCGUGCUACAGCGCGCUCCGCGAGCUCGAGCAGGCCGCAAACCGGGACCGGUAGCCACGAUAUGGCCCCUGCAAAUGGGGAGGAUAUUUCCAACACCGAUGAAGAUGAAUUCAAGGCCAUGUACCAUGCGACCUAUCGCGCAUCGACCUUUGCACUGCGGAAGUAUCUGAAAGAGCCGUCUCCAGGCGAAGACGGCUCGCCGAAUAAGCCACCACUGUUGGAGAAGGGGAGGGCAAUGACGUACAUCGAUGAGUUUUUGAAACUGUUUUGUGAGGAGAAUUGAGUCUGUCUGGCACAGAUAACGAGUGAUGAGUUACGAAGUAUAUAGCAUAGCGAUAUUAUUUGAAGCCAGG